UGAAAAAUCUCUUAUUGAUUAUAUUUAGAUAAAACAAAAGAAGAAAAAAAAAGGAAAUGAAAAACAUUUUUUUUUACACAUUGUUGACUAUUAUUGUGACUGUUGCCCCUUCUAAAUCCGCACGCUCAAAAGAUGUCAAUAACAAUGCAGAAAUUUUUAAAUACCGUUGUAAUUUAGAAAAAAAACACUGUGUUAAGAUUAUCAAUAAAAAGAGAGAGUCGUGCUACUCAAGUCAAAAUGGUUUAAUGACAAAAGUACCAUGUAGUAGUGACAAAGAUUGUAUGAACACAAUUGAAUGCACAACCCUUUCAAAUGAUUUGCAAACACACAAAAGUUUCAUUAAAGAUCGAUCUCGAGUAUCCGUUGGCCCCACCAAAACCACCACUCCUUCACCACUUAUUGUAAUUGAUAUCAAUAUGAAAGGAAUAAAUAAAGUUGACAAAACUACUAGAUAUUUGGAUAAACCGUAUUCAUACGCUAACGGUCCAUUAGGACCAACGCAUUGGCCUGAUAACUGUCUCAAUUCUGCUGAAAAAAGACAAUCACCAAUCAAUAUUAUUACUCAAGGUUCACUAAGAAUGGCAAGUUUGAGCCCACUGAAAAUAAACUACUAUAAUCAUAAAACACUUUAUAGUUCUGUAUAUUUAGAAAAUUAUCGAAACUAUCUUAGGAUAUACUUAUCACAUGAUAUUGGAAUAACACUCGAGGGAGGCGGACUUGAAAAUCCAAACUUAUUAUUCGACAUUCGUUUUCACUUUGGAUGCACAUCAGAUCGAGGGUCAGAACAUCAGAUUAAUAGCAAAAAAUAUCCCUUAGAAAUACAAUUCCUGUUUUUGGAGCUUGGGUCAGUUGACCAAAAUUACAUUGCAGUUCUUUUUGAAGAAGGUGAUUUACAAGACAACAAUAUAAAAACUUUUGACAUCUUCGAUAAAGCAAUAAACAAAAUGGGUUACAAUAUUGACGGCGUAGUUAAAAUUACAGAUGAUGUGGAACUUCUCCUCGGCGGUCUUUUACCAAAUGACAUUAAUAUUGGACUCCGUAGUUUUUAUAAAUAUCGUGGUUCUUUAACAACACCGCCCUGUUCAAAUGCAAAUUGGUUUGUUAUAGCUGAUAGUAAACUUAAAGUGCCAGCUAAAUUUUUGCAAACAUUACGAAAACUUCGCUCAGGCAUGGAUAGGUCAAAUAAUCAGAAUAAUUUAAUGUGUGAUAACUUCAGACCGAUUCAGAAAAACGAGGAAAAAGUUUAUUGGUAUCAAAACAAUAGGAACUGAAUAUUGAAAAAAACGUUAUUUUUAUUUUAUCAAGUUUUUUUUUUAUGUAUAAGUUAUAAAAUAUUUUACUAUAAUAAAUUUAGUUAGUAUUAAGCUUAUAUGUUGUUUGUAUUUACAAUUUUACUAUGAGUUUAACCUAAAAAUAUAUAUUAUGUAUCAUAAGUGCUAACUUUAAA